AUGACCUCUGGUGGAGAAAACAAACAGCUCUCUCCCCUCUCAACAUUUCCUCGUUUCUCAGACCUCGCCAUCGAGCUUCGGAUUCAAAUAUGGCAGGACGCCCUCCACUCCGCAACAACCAACCGUGCGAUUCCCGUCGCAAUCAACCACCACCCUGCAGUAACAAUGCAUUCCUGCAUCCCCCUUCUCGGAAGCUUUUGCGGCCAACAUAGCCAUUGCCCGUCGUACAAUUUUGAUUCUGGUCAACCAAGCUCCAGCGUGGCUUGCAUGUUCAAUGGCUACUUCUCCCUCCCGGCCAACACUUCAGAUAUCGAGGACUAUGCUUUACACAGCCUCAGCCUUGCCUGUACCGAGUCCCGCAGCGUUGUUUUAUUGCUAUACCCAGAAACGAUGACCAUAUAUAGAAAGAUGUGGUAUCCAGACGUCGAAAGUCAUCAGCGACGUCAAGUGCGGUGUAAUCCCGCAACAGACACUCUACUCGUCAAAGCCGUGCCGAGCUACUCCUCUGAGCAGAGGCAUCCAAGUUUGUCUCUCAAUAACCCUGGAGAUCUCUACCAUCAAGACUUGGAGAAGUGGUUCCCUCAGAAUGCCGAUAUCUUCGCUAGUUUCCGAUACAUAAUCUCGAGGUUUCGGCAUGUGGUGUUUAGCUUCCUGAGCGACUUCCAAACGCCCAGACCGUUGAUGUUCUCGGGAGCUUUCGACUGCACGCUAUUUCAGCAAUUCUUGAUCUUUUUUGAGCGUCUUGAACAUCUUUAUUUGUGCUCCGAUCCAGAAUACUUGACGGCUGUUAGGGAAUGGGAAAGAGUGGAGAAUAUUGAGGAUCCCCGUGAUGGUUCAAUGGACAACAUGGAUUUGCAGAAUUUUGUCGGUGUUUCGAGUGGUAUUUUGAACUGUGACUACGGCUAUAAUAAUUAUGUGCGAGUUCAUAGUGAACUUUCUGCUGAUAGUGGGGAAUGCUGCUGGGUGCCGAUGCCGAAAGGUUUUGGAGGGAGUUGGUUGUUUUGCUCUAGAGAUGUGUUUGACAAGAAGUGGUGA